AUGAUGAACACGAUUAUGUGGGCUGAGCGGCUGAAUCGCACCGCUGUGUUUGGGUGGUUCUACGCAAAGAAAAAUUAUACACCGCUGCGAACUCUUUAUGAUUUCUCAGAGAUUGCGCGGCGCUAUUGUGUGGUUUCGUAUACGACGAUGCGGAGUCGGCUGGCCAGAACGGGGGCGCUGCGUGGCGCGAGUGUUGGCUGCUACGGCUUGCGGCAGUGUCUCGUGCCGAAAACUGUGCGGAAAGUCGCGAAAGGUAUGACUUUGGUGCGGGACGUUGACACCUAUCUUUACGCGGGGCCAAAUGAAAUCAACAUUGUCCGAGACCGUGCCGUGCCACAACUGAUGGCAGCGAACGAAACUCUCGUUGUGGUCGGCGCGGCAACUGCCUUUUUUCUCUGUCGCGGCCUCGCGGACCAUGCAGCGAUUUACGGUCUUCUGCGGCCCUCAGCAUUCGUUGAGCGGAAGGUCACGGAGUUCCUCGACCGCUUCUUCACACCACGCAACCACUUCUUCGCUGUCCACCUCCGGCACCGCGAGGGGUCAUGCCCACGGGAAAUAGCCAGAAAACUCGUCCCCUUGGGAGCUGCGUUCAAAAAGUCCAUGGAUGUGGAGCGGCUGCAGCUGCUCUACCUGCAGUGCAACGCCAGCAUCCCGUACCUUGCUGCGCUUCAUGCGUCGCUGGGACUGCGGCUGUUUUCGUUUCCGCUGUUCGUUGCGCACGACGGCCAGGACCCCCACAUGCUGCCGUUGCUGACGUCACGGGGUGCACGGGUGUACGACGCCCAGCACUACGACAAGUUCGAGGAUUGCGACUACGGACUGUGCGCCCUCACGGUGGACUACUUUCUGAUGAUGUCUGGGGUGUACUUCAGUGGAAAUUCGAUAUCGUCUGUGUCUCAGAACGUGUGCUUUGCCCGUCUGGGCCGGGGCCAGGCCUCCCACGGUAUGGAUCCUGAGUACAUUCGCAUGGUGUCGCACGACGUGAUGGAUACAUCAACGUUGCCCGCGUAG